GCAAUUCCUCCUUCGUAUACUUUUCCCUCUCGUAAAUUCUCCCACUUGGAUUUACCAAGUUUCAGUUGAGGCAGCAGCAGCAGCCUCACACCAUAUACACAAGUAACAACAUAUCAUUGUUCUCUCUGGCUUAACUCUGAAUGCAAAAAGUCCCUCUUUUUACCACAACUAAUAACAAGAGCAAGGCAAGCGACUCACUUCAAGUGCAUAUAGUCAUUUUGUGCGCUAAUAUACCAACGUGCGGGUGAUUCCUCGCUACUGAGGCGUUUAUUGUACUUCUUACGAAUUAAUACCUCUACCUCUGCUGAACUGAAGUCGAGACUAAAAGGAAGGCACUUGGACUACACACAGACAACAACCGUGGCAGCUGUGCUGGUGGGACUGAAAGGUGGGGAGCGACUUAAAAAACUACACCUUUGCAAUAGCCACAAAUUUUUACAUUGCACGUAUGCGUUGUACAGUACAACUUGUACUAGUUCCCUUGUAAUGUGCUGGUGAUUUAAAAACGAUUUUGAGGAGCUUGUACAACACAACUCUGACGACGGUGUGGAUAAAGAAGAAACAGGAGUACAUCACAUCACUGCAAUAAGCAAAGAGAUUAUCAUGACAAGAUUGUCCGAGAUUAUUAACCAGUGAAGAAUUUUGUUCUGAAGAACAACGUCAGUAGGAAAGACGCAGAGCCAAGGAGAGGAUCCAGAGUUCGUGGAAUAAUCAUUGAUACAUCUACCGUAUUUUUGACCUGAUCAGCUACAAUUCGUUGGUUUAUCGUUACAAUUAAAAAACAAUCAAAGACGUAAUUCAGAAUGAAAUUACUCGAAGCUGUGGACGACCAGAAAACGGUCAGGUUGGGAAUUGUCAAAUUGGGAACUGCAGUAGGAAAGACGAAAUAUGCACUAAUAGACGAAGUUGAUAUUCAACACAUACAUAAUUACAAAUUCGACGCUCGAUUGGAAAUCGACAGAAAUGGGGAUGGGUUAAAAGUACUAGCGAUGGGUCAUCCGAAGGCUACUGGUUCAGACCCUCUUCCUCUGCAAAAUAUAUUAUGGGAAAAUCGUCAUGGACGAAUAGACUACGGUUUUGAAGUUCGACACCUUAAUGGAAUAACGAUGGACAAUAGGAUGGAUAAUUUAUGCAUUGUUCCAAAAUGGAUAUCACGACUAGAACAGGACAAAAUUUUGCAGAGCAGAUGUUUAGAGAGUCACUCUUGGGAGCGACGUAGGAGGAGUCGGAGACAGGAGAAUGAAGAUGAAGAAAUGUUGAGCGACAAUGAGAACAAUGAGAGCCGUCGGGAGGACAAGAGUGAAAGGCGUCGGGGGGAAAACUCACUUUACUGGAAGGCAAUAACCCAGCUACUCUCAAAUGAGACUGACGAGCAGAAAAACGCAGGCAGUGCACCGUGCAGUAGGGCAUAUUACACAACCGAAGGAGAAUUAAUAUCGAGAGAUUCGCCAGGUUUUUAUUUUUUCGAGUGCCAUUAUGCUCCCUGCAAUGCAAUAGAGACAGAACCAAGAGAAUUUGCAAUGUGUGGUCGAUGCCAGGGAGCUCGAUACUGUUCUCGAAUGUGUCAAAAAGAUGACUGGUCAAUUCAUCGAGAUCAUUGUAGCGAAGUUCGACGUGGAUCGUCCUCCGGAAGAAGUUUGAGAUCAAAGAGGAAAGAGUCUCAAAGAGGAGACGCCGAUCGAUGACGAGCGUAAAAUAUAGCGUAUAUAUUAUAACUAGCCGUAUGCUUUAUAUACUGGCAUUAAUUUUGUAGUCAGUAUUUGUAUCUCAAUUAAAACCUUUGUCUAAAGGGUGUAGUGGAUAAAGCCACCUCCGAAAAAAAUAACAAUCCGCUUUACCAUAAAAAUUAAAUGUCGAGUUUUUUUAGAAGUACUUAAUAAUUUCUUAAUAAUGUAGUUUGAAGUACGCUAAUACGUUAUUUAUAGUUAUUUGUAUGGUCAUUUGUAUUUUCAUACAAUUUUUACAAGACAGAAAAAUUGUUGAAAUUAUUUAUUAGGGCAAACCUUUUUUGUAAUGUGAUUAAUGUUCGAUCUCAAAACCUCAUCUGUUUUGUUAUUUUAUUAAGAGCAAGUCUACCUCGUCCAUCGUAGGAGAACAUGAAAGAGUAUCAAAAUAAUAUACAUAUUUGCGUGACACAAAUUAAUAUAACUCCUGCGAUUCAUUAUUUGUAUGCCUAUUUUUGUGUCAUUGACGCUUGCUUUUAAAUAAUUUGUUCGCAUUUACACGGCGAAUAGGACAAAAGAACGACAACAAGUAAACUAUGCAACAUUCUAACCGGCGUAUCAUAAAUAAGUACAUUAUUAUUAUACUUCAUUACAAUUAUUACAUUAACUGUAGGUAUUAUAAAAUUAUUACAAGCUAAACUUUAUUAGUGAGAUUUUAUCUUUUAAGAUAGGCUAGAGUGUUUUUACUCCUCGAAAUUAAGUUGGAAGUAGGGAUUAUUUGGAAUAAAAAACUGUAUAAAAGUUUUCAAGCAAAAUAACACUGAAUUCUUUCUGAGCGAUUUGUUUGCAUUUAAAUUGUUACCACACUUUAUGAAAGACUAUUAAUUUAUAUGAUUAACUAUAAUUAGCUGGAAACAGGGCGUGUGCCACUUGGAAUUUAUUUAACUGUCCUCACCACCACAUAAGUAACGAACACCAACAGUGAUGGUCAAUUAUAGUCUUGAAAGUUUGUGUAUACAUGCAUUUUCUGAAAAUAAAUCUAGCAGGCUUUGCUCAAUUUGUUAACAUUUUCCUUUA